CAUAAGGAGUAUAAAAGGCUGAAGCUUCGCGCGGAUCUUCGCAGAGCCGUGCUUUCAUCACGUUGCUGUUUCUUCUGCUCCCUGGUACAAAAUCAGCCACAAGCAUGUCAGACAACAAACCCAAUCUGGAAGAAGUGACUAACUUCGACAAGAGUAAGCUGAAGAAGACUGAGACGAGUGAGAAGAAUACUCUGCCUUCGCAAGAUACCAUCGACCAGGAAAAGCAGGCAGAUGCGUCAUGAAACUUCCUCUCAAGACUCUACUAUGCACUGCCUUCUUUUCACCUUUCUUUUCCUAAAAAAUUCUGUAAUUUCUGAAGACAAAAAACCUUAAGCAUUCUGAUUUGACGAAACAAAACAUCGUCUUGUUGCGCAUACCACCUUUUUUUUCGCUAAUAAUGAGUGAACGCACCACUGUGAAAAAUGAUGGCUGUGGGAGUUCAUAAAGAGGAAGAUGAGGCGGAGCUUCAGCCUCAGGGCGAGGCCAAGAAUUUGAUUGACCACUUCCUGGGACUUGAUGAGCCAGACCCAGGCUGAUUGCUUGUUGUCAGACAUUGAAAAUCAUGCAGUGUUUUGUUUCUUUUCUUUCUUUUUUUAAAGUUCAUGUUUAAGGUUUUGUGAUCUGAAGUUCAAACCUUGGAAUGCACAAUAUUUUGUUUAUGCAAAUAAAGAGAAACUGUAUCUUC